GUGGUUGAAUCCAGCGAUUGGCCAGCGCCGGUCAUGUGGCCGGGCGAUCGUGAACAUGAACUUUUUAUCAUUUCCCUGGUGGUUAUAAUGCAGCAUUCUUUUGGACACCACACCUAGGUCGGAGCACUGUCGUCCUUCAGGGCUCCAGCCUCUUGAUAUUUUUAUACUUCAGUAUCAGCUCGAUAAAGCAAAAGAGAGAGAGGAAAAAGCGAGGGGGAGAGGAAAGAGGAGAGAGAGAGAGAGAGAGAGGAGGGGUGGGAAUUACACAAAAGAGAAAAGCAAAAAUAAUUUUAAUUUCUAAGUUAAUUUGCUUGCUAAUCUGGGAUUUUAGACAUCAUGGAGGGUAAAUGGACAAUCUGCCCAGGACUGCAGCCCGAUACCAUUUUUCAAAGCCAGAACUUACUCCAUUUUCUAUGCAAAUAUCAGAAAAGCGAAACACCCUCUCUCCCAAGUCAGAGAAGGGGAAGCAACGGCUCUCAGGUUGGGACAAUAUUAUCUGGAGGAUGAAGAAGAAACCGAACGCUCCCCCCCCCCCCCCCAUCCCCACCCUUUUCAAUCAGAGGAAAGAAAUCUCAAGGUCUGCAAAGGUAAGGGAGAUUCUACAAUCUUCUUAUUCUUUUGAAUCGAUUUUACAGGGGGUGGGGCUUGGGUUUGUCUCGCUUCUCCCCACCCCCCCCACAAUACGGGGCUGAACCCCACCUCUGGGCGCUUGCAGGGAGAGGCUUCCCAGGAAAUUCGGUGGCGGAGAGAGGGGUGGCUGCUUCCUGGAGGGUAAGCAAGGCAGGGAAGACGGGAGGAGGAACCGAAAGGGGCCACGGAGGCGAGCUUUUUUUAAGCUAGGAGGAGAGAUUUAAUCGAGGGGACUGCGAAAGAGAGGAUGGGGGGUGUCUGGGCUUCAGGACUCCGGCAGAAGCCGGUUGCUACCGCCUCUGUGGGUUUGCGCCCCCUCCCCCUCCCACCAUCCCUCCCUUGUUCCGGCCGCCCCCAGUUGCCCCCGCGCAGUUCUCUUGCCCGGUGCGCGUAUCGGGUAUCGGUGGUCUCCCGGCAGCAUUGGCACGAGGGGCGGUGGCUCUGAGGCACGUCCUGGUCUCUGGAGGGCCUGGAAUCUCCGCAGAGGCCAGCGAGGGUGAGGCGGCGGCUAGAGAGACACAGAAAGAACAAUUCACAGAGAAAUACUCAGUAUCUCCCUUUGGAGACAUUUCUGAAAUUAAAGGGCUAUAGGUGGAGACACCCAGGUCGAGGGAGACCCCCGCAGGAAGCCUGCCUGAAAAUGCCCAGGUCGUUCGCCACUCCCGAGGGAGGGAGCCUCGCUCUGCAGGGAGACAAUUUUGUGGUUUUUAACGCGGUAGGUUACAGCAUGUUGGUUUCUAUGUAAUAUUGGUUCUAUUAUUUGUGUUUUAUUGGUAUGCGGUGUGUGGAUUUCGGUGGAGAAAAUUGCCGUGUGUGUGUGUGUGUGUGUGUGUGUGUGUGUGUGUGUGUGUCUGAUGUGGAAACAUUUCAAACUUUCCUGGAUUCAAAUAUGGUGAUUGUGAAGAAGCUGUUUAGCACGUUGUUGUUUUAGGAGUGUAAACAAAAAGAAAAACAAAAACAGAAAAGAGAAGAAAAUUAAAAGAAAAUCCCAUUAAGGGACAUGAUGGUGUCCGGACUAGACAAGCUGCUGGCAAUGAGCGCAGACAGCUAGUCCGGUCCCUCCCGCGCCCGAUUUCAUCCCCCAGCCAGGCCUCCUGGGGCAGGGCAGGAGGGGGGGUGCGUGGAGCGGAGAAGAACUGUAGGGCGGGCGGGCCGAGAUUCCUAAAGUAGCUGGUGGGGUUGAAGAAGGCACAAGACGCUACGUGAGGACUUUAAAAUAGAGAGGGCUUCUGGGGAAGCUGCGAGCCAAGAGAUAAGGGACUCAGGGCGUGGAGGGCAGGAGAGACUGUGAUUUAGUUUGGUUUGCAGGAAUGGGUGACUGCUUUCCUCUUUUUAAAGACCAGAUGCAGAGCAUUCAGCCUCGGGCCUCUGGUUGCCCAGGGAUUUCGGGGGCUGGGUGUUUAUGGGGGCAUAUUGGCCCUCUCAAUCCUGAGCUGAGAAGAGAGAGAAGCAGCCACUUGUGGCGCGGGAGGAGGGCCCGGGAAGGCCCAGGUAGAUGCCCUCGAAGCAGGCCCGGAAUGGGUGCCUGAAGGGACCCUUCGGCUGCGUAGCGAGAGAAGUUCUCAGGCAGCACCCAUGGCACUCAGAGCCUAAUCUCAAAGGAAAAAUUCCCCAAACCCACUCAGACUAAAGGUCUUUUUCUCCUGUAGCCUCGGCGGGGUAUAAAUCAUCCCUUAGACAGUUUGGUCUGACCCAAAUUAUGCGGUUUGCUGCCAUCUACCGUCCGUUUGGAGACAUGCGGCUUCGGCGCCGAAUGCCCCGCGACACUGCCUGAACCCUGCUCGACGCCUGGAGCCCCCGCCGCUCAGGUUCGGCGGGAUUCUGGGGACUUCGGCCCAGAUUGCCGCUUUCCGCUGGUCUUGGUUCCCGCCUGCCCGCUUGUGGAUUGGAGAACAAGUGUCCCCUCCCCACUGCUCAGCCCCAUCCCUGCUCCAAACCAGGCGGUUGGCUGGGGGAAGCGGCUUUUUCUAGGGCGUAUUUAGAAAGGACUAAUACUGCCUCCCGCGGGCAGGAGGCCCUGAAUCAAAGGGUUGGGGGAUCAGAGUCGAGAGCCCUCACCAGGGCCGCUAGGGAGAUCCGAGGCCAAGGCUGUUCAAGGUUUAUUUGGUUUUCUUUUCGGCCAAGGGAGGGGUCCCGCAGGGGAGGCGCCGGCCCGGGCAGUUCCACUCGGUUGUCAAAAGACAAACCGAGUCUGUGUUCUCCGGGUUGGCUGGUGGGUCUUGCAAGUUCCUUGGCCGGUUGAGUCUGUGGUGAAGGAAUUGAGCUUUCUGGAAACUGUUGGUGUCUGCAAGUGACUGUGGGUCCCCUUCCCCAUUCCUGAUCACGUCAAGCGAAAUCGACACGAAUAUGCUUUGGGGAUAAAAACGGGGAGUGGGAGUGGGGAUCCAUCAGUAAGUAACCAACCAUUGUAAUUUCCGUUCCUGCAGGACCCCUCACACCCGCUUAAGCCGACUGCUUUCCCAGAAGGGGGUGGCGAGGGCGGGGGUACGCGCCGCUGCCGCCGCGUUUGAAUAUUGGCCCCUGUCUCACGGGUUACUGAUUAGCUUGGGCUUUCAAGCCGCAGGAGGAAGCUCUGGCCGCUCCUUUCAAGGUGCUGUGGCCCCAGUUCCUGGGCGGGGGCUCCAGGAAAUUGCCUGUGGUGCCAGGCAGGCCGAGGUGUUACUAGGGUCUGGUCCGGAGCUGGAGGAGCUGCCUAGGUCGAGGGGCCCAAGGGUACUGGGGGGCAAACGCGGGGGCUGCAGCCCCCAAGCCUUUGGCGCCUCGUGAGUCUGGGCCGAAUGAGCAGCCCUUUCCGUUCUUCAGCAGAGAGUGACUUUCUGGAGCAGCUAGAAGGCCCGGCCCAGUGCCGGAGCCCCGCUGAGGGAACGCUCCCCUAAGGUCUUGGGCCCCUAGGAGGCUUUUUCUUGUGGACAAUACGAAGUACAGAUGGGGAGGGGAGAGCAGCUUGUACAGAGGGUUGAAACCCUUAAGGGCUCUUAGGGUGCCCAUGGGCCUGGAGAGAGGGAGCGGAGCGCCACUGCUCCCCCCUUCAUCAGAGACCAUGCUGUUUAUCUGCAUAAUGGAAAUAAAUGUCUUUGUACUGUGCUUUGGACUGGCCAAUGUUAAGGCAAUGUUCCUUCUAAACAGCUCUCAAAGAUGGGGAGAGGCCACAUUGCUCCCUCUGGGAACAUUUAUGUUCCCAAAAUGCAGAGAAUCACUGAGGCUAGGGGAAGAACUGGGCUGAGAUGUUGGAAUUCACCCCCCCCCCAAUCAGAGGUGGGAGUGGGGGUGGGGGAAGGUGCCCACAGCCCUAAGAGCUGGGGGUGGGGGGAGCUUUGCAGCGGAGAGGAAGUGGGCAGCCUGGACAAUGUCUCAGUCUGCCUCUUCUCCACACACCUACUGGCAAAUAUCCUCCCUGAGAUUACCGGUACAGGAAAAUUUUGCUCCGGAGCUGAACACAACUUAGACAUUUCCCAGGGAGCUGGAAUGUGUGUACGUCCACAGGACCACAGAUUCACAGCUCAGAAAAUUACAAUUAUAAAUCCUGCUUGUGGGAUUUCUAUACAAUUCUUCUGUUGUGUACUCAAGACAUACGACACAUUUAUAUCCACCUCCAUACACACACUUCCUUGUUGAGCAGGGAGAGACACCCCAGACCAGGCAAUGGCUGUGCACACUGUGUAUUUACAUAUUCCCCCUUGGAGACAGACCCAUGGCGGUGGACAGAACCACAGACAGAUUCAUAGAGAUCUGGCUCCAGAAGCCAGGCGGCCUCUGGCCCGGCCCUGCCUGCCUGCUCUUUCUCCCAAACAAACGGAUCAGACGAAUAAACGCUCAUAAAUACCUCUGGGCUUAGAUAAGAGCAAUGAGGCGCUAUUUCCUUUCAUGCCGGGCUCCAGGCGCCUAGGCCCUGCCUUUGCAGCUCCAUCUCAUGACAGGCAACCUGCAGAAGUGAGGUUAAUUUGGGGCUAUGACUCUAAGGACAAGGUGAUUAUUUUCAUGCUUCUAGCACAGGGGAAGACUUCUUCCCUCACCAAAUCUUAUGUUAUCCAGGCUUCAUGGCAAAGCCCACACCAUCCAGUCCUAGUAUGAAGACAUUGUGGCCAGAGAGGAGGCCGGGAAGGCUGAGGCCCAAGGCCCAGCCUCGGUAGCUAGGAGGAGGGAGGUACACAAGGCACUCUCCCCACCUUGCUCCUCCAGCCCAAAUGCUCCCCAUUCCUCUCAGGGAGUGGGCCUCAUCACAGCUGGAUUGGAGCACUUAUGACUCUCCAUCAUUAGGAGGCUUGAGUUUAUUUUCUUAAAUCUUAAAACCCCCCAAAGAGCUGGGCUAGGAAGUGGUUGAUGGGACAACUGGGAAUAGCCACUUAACCAUGAAGGCACAGCCUAGAAGUUGUCCUGAGUUCAGGAAGCUUUGUAGGCCACUUUGCAAGCAACCAAGUUCCCACGCUUGGUCACCACCCUCCAUCCUCUACCACUUUUCCUAAUGUUUUAUGCCGUCUUCAGUGGGCAGAAUUCACCCACAAAAAGGAGCCCAAAGAACAAGUCAGGGAAGGGUCAGCCUGAUCCCUUCAUCAUCAGGUUUUGUCCCACACCCUGGCCCAUUCCUGGCCCCAGGUCUGAAGGUUGUCACCUUCUAUGCCUGGCCUCCACGUACACAUUAGAAUGUUGAAAAUACACUGUGGCUCAGUCUUACAGCCAGACUCCAAUGCUCAUUUUCCUUAGAUGAGAGAGAGAGUCAGAGAUGUACUCACUCUCACACCAAAGCUUGUAGGCGGCAAGCUGGUGACACAAACAGGAGAUGUGGGAGGGAUCCUAGAGAUGCUGAGAGACAGACAGAGGGUGGUGAGCAUCUGGAGAGGGGCUAUGGAAUGAUAGUGGUAAGCUGCCUGCUGCAACCCCAGGAGGACCCAACCCCCCUCCCUCCUUAUAAAACUAAACAAAAACCAAGUCUUGAGAAAGAAUUAAUUUUAAAAAGAACGGCCAGGUUCUGGAGAGACCUGGAAAAGGAGCGAGAGCUCCUCCCUUCCCAGUGGUCCCUGAUUGUCUCCAAUAUCAGGAGGUUUUGAGGACCUGGAAGUGGAGGAGGAAUAAUUUUUCCCCUGUACCCAGACUUGCUGAGACACCUUUGAUUCCUAAGAAUCUGUAGCCCAGGAUAUUCUCAUGUCUUUUGGGGUAGGAGGUGGGGUGGAGGGAGGGUUGCAGGCAAGAUAGGGAUCAGGCAAACCUAGGCUGGAGGGUGCCUUUCACCCCUCCUCUCCCUAUCCCCCUCUUCCCAGUGCCCCUGCCUGUGCCAACAACAAGCAGGACAUACUAGAACCAAGCAAGACGUCUUGGGCAGCGGCAGCGGUAGGCUUCCAAAGAAGCUCCUAGCCUAACCGCACAGCCAGAGGGAGAAGCUUAGGCUCAGACCCUCCUCCCAUUUCCCAGCCUUCUGGGUCCUCUGGACAGCAGACUCUGGCCUGCCUCUCAGGCCAUAAGAGUUGUAGAGAAAUAGAAGUAAUAAACCGAGGCUUGGAGGAGACAGAGUAGAUCUGAGAAACAGGAAAAAACGGUUUUCAAAACCUGGGAAGGAGAAGGUUUCUUCUUCUUUGCUUCUGGCUUUCUGAAAACGAUGCUAAUUAGCGGAGAACUCUUCUCCCCUUCUACCAACACACACCCGGAGAAACCAGCCUUCUCCUUCAGUUCUCUUCUAAGGAGACUGAGAUUCGAGUCGGAGACAUUUACCCACCUUCCCUUGAGGGAACGGGGCUCGAGCAAGGCAGGGGUUAACUUUUCUGAAAACAAAUUAACUUUUUCCUAUUCUGCGUGGGGAGGGGAGGGAUAUAUUUGUUUGAUCACUGGGGAUGGGGUGGUCUCAAUCCAAAUGCUCCCUCCUCCCUCAAAGGCACAGACGCCUCUUUCGCAGAUCCUACGUAGGUGGAACAGGACGCCUUGUGUCGUUGGGGAGAGAGAGAGAGAAAGCAGAAGGAGAAGAGGAGGGGAAAAAAAAGGUUGAUAGGUUUGUGCGCGGGUCCCUCGCGCGGGCUGCGCUCCUCCUGGGUGCUAUUUGACAAUUCCUGCCUCUGCCAUUGGUCAGUGUUGGAUCAGAUGGUUGUAUUUCCUUCUGGCCCUCACUGGCACCUCGCCAUCCCCCCUCAGCUAAAACCCAAUCUCAGAUAUACUACUAAUAGGCGCGGCGCUCGGACUAUAAAACACAACAAAUCAUAAAGCCGGCGGAGCAGCAGCGGCCGCGCGCGCCUCCCCUCCCAAUGAGUUCCUAUUUCGUGAACUCCACCUUCCCCGUCACUCUGGCCAGCGGGCAGGAGUCCUUCCUGGGCCAGCUCCCGCUCUACUCGUCGGGCUAUGCGGACCCGCUGAGGCACUACCCCGCGCCCUACGGGCCCGGGCCCGGCCAGGACAAGGGCUUUGCCGCUUCCUCCUACUACCCGCCGGCCGGCGGCGGCUACGGCCGGGCGGCGCCCUGCGACUACGGGCCGGCGCCGGCCUUCUACCGCGAGAAGGAGUCGGCCUGCGCGCUCUCGGGCGCCGACGAGCCGCCCCCGUUCCACCCGGAGCCGCGGAAGUCCGACUGCGCGCAGGACAAGAGCGUGUUCGGCGAGGCCGAGGAGCAGAAGUGCUCCACCCCGGUGUACCCCUGGAUGCAGCGGAUGAAUUCAUGCAACAGGUGCUGGGGGAGCCAGAUGGACGGAAAGAAAAGAUGCGGCUGGGAAGAGACACACCUGGCCAGUGCUUCCCCAGCCCCUCCCCCAGGCUCAGGUUCCUCCUUUGGGCCCAGCGGCCGACGCGGCCGCCAGACCUACACGCGCUACCAGACGCUGGAGCUGGAGAAGGAGUUUCACUACAAUCGCUACCUGACGCGGCGGCGGCGCAUCGAGAUCGCGCACGCCCUGUGCCUGACGGAACGGCAGAUCAAGAUCUGGUUCCAGAACCGGCGCAUGAAGUGGAAAAAGGAGAGCAAACUGCUCAGCGCCUCUCAGCUCAGUGCCGAGGAGGAAGAAGAAAAACCAGCCGAAUGAAGGCGCUGGAAGGGGGCGGGGGGACGCGAAGGGAGAGGCCUGUGGGGAGCCAAGGGCAUCGGAGAGCCCCGAGAAGGCUCUGCGGGCGGGGGAGCUUGGGGACCUGCUCUGCAGGGCGCGACAGGCGGGGCCCAGCGCUCUCCUGGACGCCCCCGUCCGCAGAGCUCUCGCUGGGCGCUGGGAGGCCGUGCUGCCUGAGCCCAGCCUGCACCCCAGCGCCCCCUCCAUCCCCGUGGAACCGCCUCAGCCCGAACAGGCUCCCCCGUGAGAACUGAGGACCGGACUCACUUGAUGUUUCCUAGAAGCAGAGCAAAAUGCUCUUGCCCGUGUCGCGUCUCAUUUUGUCCAUGUCCCCCGUGCACGGUUCAAUGGUAGAUUCGCAGUCCCCUCAGUGGGGGCCUCGAAGACUCCCUGACCCCAGACCUCUCUCCCACACCCUCCCCAAAGCCACUGGAAGGAGCACAUACUACCUAGAAGUAAGAAGAGGAGCCUCAGAAGAAAACAAAGUUCUAUUUUAUUAAUUUUCUAUGUGUUGUGUUUGUAGUCUUGUCUUAGCUCUGGACGUGAAAUACUUCGGUAAUAAUAUUAAUAUUAUUAAUAAUGAUGGUAAUAAUAAUAAAGACAU